AUGCACUGGUUACUACUACUAUUUUUCCCAUUAUCCUGCCAAGGAUUGCCCGAGCGCGAGUUGGAGCUGGAGCUGGAGCUGGAUUAUGGUCUGGCGGAACCGCAGCGCACUUCGCUGCUGCAGAGCAGUCUCAUAUUGCAAUUCUCGCAGAGCUACAAGCACAUCCCCAGGAUAACGUACUUCACGUGCCAGAAGCCACAACGCCAGACCCCAAACCAAAUCCCCCAUGCUGCAGAAGUUCGUGACGCCUUCGCGGCGAAGAAUUUUCAGCUGAUUAAGAGUCUCUACGACAGCGAGCUCUUUGUGCGGAUUGUCCUUCUCGAUGUCCUGGCCCAGCCAACUCCAUCGAGUGGGCGCCCCAACCGACCGGGCAGCGGACCAACCGGAGGCUUCAGCCAGGCGCCCAGCCAGGCGCAGACCAAUUCCGAGUGGCUGGAGGGCGUCCUGCGGAUGGAAGCCCUCAGGCAAAUUGCGGUCGUGGAUCUGGCAUGCGGCGCUCUCAGUCGACGAUUUCUCGAACUGGCUUCCGCCAAGAUGCUCUAUAGCGAGAAGUUUCACUGGCUAUUGAUGGAGGAUUUCGCCUGGCAUGGAAGGAUGCAGACAGCCGAGGCAUCGGCGAGACGAGAGGAGGGGCAGCUGGAGGAGGAAGCGCCGGGGCAGCAACUGCAGGCGACCAGCGAUGAGGACCUGCCCUCCAUCGAGAGCUUCUUGGGGGGCAUGAACCUGUACAUGAACACCGAACUCACUCUGGCCAAGCGAAUGUCCGAGGCAGCCCACUACACUCUGUUCGAUGUUUGGAACCCCGGACUCAACUACGGCGGACAUGUCAAUCUGACCGAAAUUGGCAGCUUCACGCCGUCGGAGGGAAUCCAGUUGCACACAUGGUUUCGGACCACGUCCACAGUUCGUCGCAGGAUGGACAUGCAGCACGCCAGGGUGCGAUGCAUGGUUGUGGUGACCAACAAGAACAUGACUGGCACCCUAAUGUACUACCUCACGCACACGGUGUCCGCUCACAUCGACACGAUGAACCGCUUCAACUUCAAUCUGCUGAUGGCGGUGCGGGACAUGUUCAACUGGACGUUCGUCCUGUCCAGGACGACUUCGUGGGGAUAUGUGAAGAACGGCAGGUUCGACGGCAUGAUUGGAGCGCUCAUACGCAACGAGACGGAUAUUGGCGGAGCACCGAUAUUCUACUGGCUGGAGCGGCACAAAUGGAUCGAUGUGGCCGGUCGCAGUUGGUCGAGCCGUCCGUGUUUCAUCUUCCGACAUCCCAGGAGCACCCAAAAGGAUCGCAUCGUAUUCCUGCAACCAUUCACCAACGACGUUUGGGUUCUAAUUGUGGGCUGCGGAGUCUUGACGGUAUUCAUUCUUUGGUUCCUCACCACUAUCGAGUGGAAACUGGUGCCACACGAUGGCUCGGCGCUGAUAAAGCCCAAAGGUGGAGCGCCACCAAGGCACCAUUACCAGCACCAGCAUCACCAGCCGCCAGUGGAAGCGCCAGCACGUCCCAUCACAGCCGUUUCGGUGGUGGCCAGUAGGGAAAAAGUUGGGGAAGAACAUGCCACUCCGAUCGAUGCGGAAACCCUUUGGCAACGCUGCUAUCAGAAGCUGAAUAAGUACAUCAAGGAUCGCAAGGCCAGGCAGAAGAAAGCUCCAGAGAGAGUAGGUCUGUUCCUGGAAUCCGUGCUGUUCUUCGUGGGGAUUAUUUGCCAGCAGGGCUUGGGCUUCUCCACAAGUUUUGUUUCGGGUCGCUGCAUUGUAAUCACCAGUUUGCUCUUCUCAUUCUGCAUCUAUCAGUUUUAUUCGGCCAGUAUUGUGGGCACUCUUCUCAUGGAGAAACCCAAGACCAUCAAGACUCUGAGCGACCUGGUGCACAGUUCGCUGAAGGUGGGCAUGGAGGAUAUACUCUACAACAGGGAUUACUUUUUGCACACCAAAGAUCCCGUGUCCAUGGAACUGUAUGCCAAAAAGAUAACCAGUGUGCCCACGACCAAGGAAAACGAAGCCGAUGAAGACGAACCAGUGGAUCCCAAUCCGGCCUCCACGGAUCCUGCCAAAUCCUACCGGGACAUCGUCCACAGCCAUGAGACUGGUGCUCAUGCCAAGGACAAUGCGGCCAGCAAUUGGUUGGAUCCGGAAACGGGUUUACUUAGGGUCAAACAUGAACGGUUCGCCUUCCAUGUGGAUGUGGCUGCGGCUUACAAGAUCAUUGCCGAAACCUUUAGUGAACAGGAUAUUUGCGAUCUGACCGAAGUCAGCAUGUUUCCGCCCCAAAAAACCGUGAGCAUAAUGCAAAAGAAUUCGCCCAUGCGGAAGGUGAUUUCCUAUGGAUUGAGACGUGUCACCGAAACAGGAAUACUCACAUAUCACUUUAAUGUCUGGCACUCGAGGAAGCCGCCCUGUGUGAAGAAAAUUGAGACCUCAGACCUGCAUGUUGACAUGGAUACUGUGAGCUCGGCGCUGUUGAUACUACUCUUCAGCUACGGCAUUACCCUUAUGAUACUGGCCAUCGAGAUUGUAUACUCCAAGUGGCAUAAUCGGAUUCAAUUAAAGUGGGUGGGCGGCUCUUGAAUGUGAUUCAAUAAAAUGCAAACUCAGAGGGUUUGAGCUCUGACACUUGAGCUCAACUGGAAUUAA